CUGUGCAUCACCCUAUUAAUCUGAGUCUUAGGAGUCUCUCACUCCGGAGUCUAAAGCGAAGAGUCAAAGGAAACAUUCGCUCUCCCAUUAUCCGUCGCAGCCUGGCGCGACCCUCGGUGGCGGCGCUCGGUAAUCUCAGGCCCCUAUGCAGUCCCCGCCCCGGCCUGUCUCUUUCAGGUUCUCGCGAGGUUUGAGGCCGUUGGGCCGGCCCUGGCGGCUGCAAUAUGGCGGAGGCGGAAGGGGAGAGUCUGGAGUCCUGGCUGAGACGUCCCGGCCCCUGCUCCCUUUGCUGCGGCGCCUCCUCCCGCUCCCGCGAGCAGCGGCGUGAGCUCGGGUCCUGUCCCGGCCCCGCGGGCUCCGGGAAAGCGACAGCCAAGUGCUUCGGGCUGGCAUGCAUCGGCGCUUGGGGGAGACUGUGGGGCCGCGCGCGGCUGAUUCCGGGACCCCUGCGCCUCCCUGACGAAGGGAAAAGCUUCGGAUUUGGGCUGAAACUCCGGGAGCGAUAAAGCCACCAAUCCUUCCAACCGCCAGGAGGACUGGGAAUACAUAAUUGGCUUUUGUGAUCAGAUCAACAAAGAGCUUGAAGGGCCACAGAUCGCCGUCCGACUGCUGGCCCAUAAGAUCCAGUCUCCGCAGGAAUGGGAGGCAGUCCAGGCCCUGACGGUGCUGGAGGCCUGCAUGAAGAACUGUGGGAGGAGAUUUCAUAACGAAGUGGGAAAGUUCCGGUUUUUGAAUGAGUUGAUCAAAGUCGUCUCUCCAAAGUACCUGGGGGACAGGGUGUCUGAGAAAGUGAAGACCAAGGUUAUUGAGCUGCUUUAUAGCUGGACGUUGGCCCUGCCGGAAGAAUCAAAGAUCAAGGAUGCCUACCACAUGUUGAAGAGACAGGGCAUUGUGCAGUCUGACCCGCUCAUCCCUAUGGACAGGACCCUGAUCCCCUCUCCGCCACCUCGUCCCAAAAACCCUGUUUUUGAUGAUGAGGAGAAGUCCAAGCUUUUAGCCAAGUUGUUGAAAAGCAAAAACCCUGACGACCUGCAGGAGGCCAACAAGCUCAUCAAGUCCAUGGUGAAGGAAGAUGAGGCGCGGAUCCAGAAGGUGACCAAGCGUCUGCACACUUUAGAGGAGGUCAAUAACAACGUAAAGCUGCUCAGUGAGAUGCUGCUUCAUUACAGCAAAGAGGAUUCUUCAGAGGCAGAUAAAGAGCUCAUGAAGGAGCUGUUUGAUCGGUGUGAGAGCAAGAGGCGGACGUUAUUCAAACUAGCCAGCGAGACAGAGGACAACGACAGUAGUUUAGGGGACAUCCUGCAGGCCAGUGACAACCUCUCCCGGGUCAUCAACUCUUAUAAAACAGUCAUUGAAGGGCAGGUCGUCAAUGGUGAGGUGGUCACCUCAGCCAUUCCUGACUCUGAAGGAAAGCACCGCUCCAGUAACCAAGGCACUCUCAUUGACCUUGCCGAGUUGGAUGCGCCGAGCAGCUUGUCCCCAGUGCUGGCCCCCGCGCCCUGCCCCUCGGGCAUCCCUGUCCUCCCUCCGCCCCCCCAGGCCUCAGGACCCGGGCGUAGCCACUCAUCCAGCCAGGCCGAGGCGCCCCCGGGACCCAGCAGCACAGGCCACACCCUCAGCCUGCUGGACGAGGAGCUGCUCUGCUUGGGUCUCAGCGACCCAGCCCCCUGUGCUCCUCCCAGAGAGUCAGCCGGAAACAGCCAGUGGCCCCUGUUCCAGAAGGAACAGUCGAACCUGGACUUCUUCAGCCCCAAACCCGGGACUGGUGCCUGUAGCCUCUCAGAUGGGCCUCUCCUGCAGCCCUCAGCAGCCCCUGCAGGCAACUCCCAGGCCCCCGUGGUCCCAGCCAGCGUUCCGGCCCCCCCGGCAGGCUCCUUCUCGUUUUCCACUGGCCUGGCCCCAGCUUUGGCCCCCAAGGCUGAGCCCACGGCCCCCGGGCACCAUGGUUCAGCUUUGGGCGACAGCACCCUGCGCCAGCUGGACGCCCUUGAUCAGCUUCUAGAAGAGGCCAAAGCGACCUCAGGCCUGGUGAAACCCGUCUCCUCCGGCUUCUUCGCUGGCGCUGCCACCUCCCCUCUGCUCCCCACCAGCGCCUCAGCUAGACCUCUCCUCCCCUUCUCCACGGGGCCCGGCAGCCCUCUCUUCCAGCCACCUGCCUUCCAGUCCCAGGGCAGCCCCAUGCAGGGGCCCGAGCUCUCCCUGACCAGUGUCCACGUCCCCCUGGAGUCUAUCAAGCCUAGCAGCGCCCUUCCUGUGACAGCCUAUGAUAAAAAUGGCUUCCGCAUCCUCUUCCAUUUUGCCAAGGAGUGUCCUCCAGGACGGCCUGACGUGCUGGUGGUGGUAGUGUCCAUGCUGAACACGGCUCCCUUGCCUAUCAAGAGCAUCGUGCUGCAGGCUGCAGUGCCCAAGUCAAUGAAAGUGAAGUUGCAGCCACCCUCUGGGACAGAACUCUCUCCGUUUAGCCCCAUCCAGCCACCUGCAGCCAUCACCCAGGUCAUGCUGCUGGCCAAUCCACUGAAGGAGAAGGCGAGGCUUCGGUACAGGCUGACCUUCGCCUUGGGGGAGCAGCUGAGCACGGAGGUGGGUGAGGUGGACCAGUUCCCUCCUGUGGAGCAGUGGGGGAACCUAUGACCCCAGAGGACACUGUCAUCUGCACUUUGGAGCCCAGGCAGGCUGCCCUGAGACGGGAGGCUCUCCAGGUCCAGUCCUUCUCCACGUCCUGACUGCAGUGCUUAAGAGCCUUGACGUGGAACAGGGGGCCUGGGCAUUGCUGCCAGGAGCCGAGCUGCUGCUGUGAUGAUCUCUCCUCCUUUGGCCCCCUAAAAGGACCUGUUUUUAUCUACCUGUGUGACUUGAAGUGGCCACGUGCAUCAGGGGUGGAGAGUGGCCCCAGACUCUGCACCCCUGCCCUGGGAACAUGGAUCCAGGGCUGGAGUAGGUUCUUCCCCUUGUGCUGGCGUCCUCUGAUGCCACAGAGGGGGAGGUCUCCAAAGACAGACUCAGGGCCCUCCCUCAAGGACCACGUCCUCACAUCCCCAGAGGUCUCAGCUCCUCAUUGCUACUCCGUGCUUCCCCUUGGCAGGCUCCUGCUCCCAUCUCCAGGGAGGUGGGCAAAGCCCAAUGGUCCUGAAUGGCCCUGGGCCCAGAGUAAGGAGUUGGUGUGCUGCCAGAUCUCCAACCCUGCCCUCCAUGGGCAGCGUCAUCCUGGAGUGGCCACUGGAUGAUGAGUUGUGUGCUUGUCCCUGGUGGUGGCAGGCUGUGUCCUAUGGACAUUGCAGUAGGACGAGGAACUCAAGCUAUUUAUUAGAAACAGUAGAACUUGGCCUCAUGGCAGCCUAAACUGCAGAUAGGAAGGAAAGAAGAUGGAAGAGAAGCAGUGUUUCUCCUCCGGAAGCAGGUCCUCAGCACUUUCUGGGAAAAGUGUGCCUCCUGCUACGGGAGCAGGCCAUCCUACUCACUCACUACCUCUUGCUCCGCAUGAAAUAAACUGCUGUCCUGCCCUUCACGCCUCUGAAGGGGAGGACGACUCCCAGCGCCCUGUGUCCUCCUGCUUCGGCCUCCCCGCCUCCCACCCGAUGGCCUGUGGUGUGGCACAUGAUCGGGAACAGGAGGCCUCAGGGUCAGACACGCUGCACUAGGUUUAUGUCCAUACCUGCUGCCCAGAAACCCUGUCCCCAGCCGCCCAGGGGCACUGUCAGCAAGAUGUUGGGUCUGGAGGUGGUGAGAUUAGGGGCCUUGCUUGAAUCGAGUCACCAGACCCUAUUGCUUCAACAGUGCUCAUCCCAAGCUGCUCCACCCACUAGAUGCGACUGGGCCAGGGACUCUAGGCCUCACAGGGCAACAGGAGAGAGAGAACCACCAGCUGGGGAAUGAGCACACAGCUCACCUGAGCUCAGCUGGACAGGCUCAGACCCAUCUCUGGGGAAAGGUGGCACAAACCAUGUUCCCUGACCCCUCCCUGCUCCUUGCCAGGCUUCCUUACUCUAUCAAUAUAGAGGUCAUCUCCCCUUCUCUCCCACUGUUGGCAAGCAGGUUUCACUGCUUCACUAGGACAGUCAAAAGUGAAUCAAUUUCACUACUUAAGGAAUAAAUCAAAGAGCUUUCCAGAGACGGGCUGCUGAAGCCCUGGGAAGGUCUGUGGGACUACUAUAUGGAAAUGUACCUUUAUGAUAAGCUUUAGACUUUAAAAUUAUUUAUGAGUGUUACUUGUUACUAUUGAGGUCACUGCUUCGUGACAAAAAACUGUACUGGAUAUAUCAACUGCUGCCCUUGUUUUGCUGCAUGUUAAAUAAAACCAUUUUCGCCCUA